AUGCUAAAUCAAAACAUAAUUCGUCCCUCUGUUUCGCCUUGGAGCGCCCCUGUAUGGGUAGUCCCGAAAAAAUUAGACGCUUCUGGCAAAAGAAAGUGGAGAAUAGUCAUUGACUAUCGCCGUCUUAAUGAUAUCACAGUUUCCGAAAGUUAUCCCCUGCCUCUUAUCACCGAUAUCCUAGAUCAAUUAGGCCAUUCCAAGUAUUUCACAACCCUUGAUCUUGCUAGCGGUUUCCACCAAAUAAAGAUGGAUCCUAAAGAUGCCCCAAAAACGGGAUUUACUAUAAGUACUAAUUCGAGCAUGUCUGGUCACUACGAAUUCACUAGAAUGCCCUUUGGUUUAAAAAACGCUCCUUCUACCUUCCAGCGCCUGAUGAAUACUGUCUUAUCAGGUUUGCAAGGUCUACACUGUUAUGUUUAUCUAGAUGAUUGCAUAAUUUAUAGUCAUAAUUUAAAUGAACAUAUGGAAAAAUUAAAACUAGUAUUCAAUAAGCUGCGCGAAUACAAUCUAAAAUUGCAACCAGAUAAGUGCGAAUUUUUAAGACGUGAAGUAACUUAUCUUGGUCAUAUUAUCACCGAUAAGGGUGUCUCUCCUAAUCCAGAAAAAGUAAAAGCAGUGUCACAAUUUCCAAUUCCUAAGAGCCCUAAAGAAAUUAAAUCCUUCCUAGGCCUAAUAGGCUAUUAUCGCCGAUUUAUUGAUAAUUUUUCUAAACUGACAAAACCACUUACUUCUUUAUUAAAAAGGGAUACUACCUUCCACUGGUCUCAAGAACAACAAAUUGCUUUCGAUGUUUUAAAAGAAAAAUUAAUCACUGCUCCGCUGCUCCAAUAUCCAGAUUUCUCUCAACCGUUCAUAGUAACUACAGAUGCAAGUAAUUAUGCCGUAGGCGCAAUCUUAUCACAAGGUCCUGUAGGCAAAGAUAAACCGAUAGCUUAUGCAUCACGUACUUUAAACCGUCCCGAAGGCAAUUAUUCAACUACCGAAAAGGAACUUCUAGCCAUUCUAUUCGCAGUCAAAACGUUUCGUCCUUACCUCUACGGUAAUAAAUUCAAAAUAGUUACCGAUCAUAGACCAUUGGUAUGGCUAUUCAAUGUCAAAGACCCAGGUAGUAGACUCAUUCGUUGGCGCUUAAAACUAGAAGAAUACGAUUACGAAAUUGUUUAUAAACAAGGCCGUCUUAAUUCUAACGCCGAUGCGUUAUCUCGCUGUCCCGUUAAUGUUAUAGAUAUUAACACUUUAAAUAAUUCCAGUUAUGAAAAAUAUUUUAAAGACCAAUUUACAAAUAAAACUCCUAUUUCAAAUACAAUAAUCUUAGAAUGUAGUCAAGGAUUACACCUAUCCAAACUAAAAACUAUUGCGUGUCCCGUCUCUUUAGAUUUUGACUCAUCUAUACCUCACUGUGAAGAAAUAUUAGCACAAUUAGACAAGCCUGAGGACUUAUUAAAUUCCGAACGCGAACCAUUUACAAUUCAAUGCGUAAAGGAUAAGAAUAAAUCUUACUAUUUUAUGUACACUAAAAUUCAUCAUUAUGAAGAAACCAAAUUUAAAGAUAUUUACAAUUUAAUUAUAAAACUCAGAGACAAAAUUUUAAUCGAGAACCCUGAUAUUACAGAUCUCGCCUUAUCAGACUUUUCAGAUCCAUUUUCUAAGCUAGCUUAUAUUAAAGUAUAUAAUAUGAUUGCCUAUAUUUUUCAUAACACUAACAUUAAAAUUCAUAUAUACAAAAAUCAAUUAAUUUAUCCUACUCCCGUCGAAAUCCCUAAAAUUUUAAAAGAGAAUCACGAUUCACCUAUUGCGGGUCACCCAGGUUCAAGUCGUAUGUAUAGACGAAUUAAAGCCGCCUAUUAUUGGAAAAGUAUGCGCUCUGACAUUGUAGAUUAUGUAAAGAAAUGCCAAUUAUGCCAAAUUAAUAAACCAUUAAGAAUGUCCAAUAAGGCCCCAAUGGAAAUAACCUCUACUUCCACUAGACCGUUUGAACGAUUAGCUCUUGACAUCGUUGGUCCUUUACCUGACGCAGGUUUUCAAAAAUUCAAAUUCAUCCUUACAUUACAAGAUGAUUUAACUAAAUUUUCAAGUGCUUAUCCCCUGGUCACAGCUACCAGUGAAGAAAUAGCCAGAAAUCUUGUACAUUUUAUGUCUCUUUUCGGUUUCCCUAAAACAAUCUUAACGGAUUUAGGUACUUGUUUUACGUCUGAUUUAUUUAAAGAAUUAACUCAAAUCUUAAAAGUCAAGGCUUUAUUUACUACUCCUUACCACCCACAAACAAAUGGAGCUCUAGAACGCUCACAUGCUACUUUAAAAGAAUACUUAAAAUCCUUCGUUAAUGAAAACCAGAACGACUGGCAUUGUUAUUUAUUUACCGCAAUAUUAGCUUAUAAUACUACCCCUCAUUGCACUACCAAUUUCACCCCUCAUGAAUUAUUAUAUGGUUAUAAACCUAAUAUCCCUAAUUCUCUAUAUGAAACGAACAAUAAUACUACUUAUAAUGAAUAUAUUCGAGCUUUACAAUAUCGAAUGCGUUUUAGUAGAGAAAAGGCCAUUCAAAAUAUAAUUAAUAGCAAAGAAAAAUCCAAACAAUAUUACGAUGUAAGUUCACGCGAAAUUUCGUAUAAAAUUGGUGACUUAGUUUAUAUAAAACACCAUCACCGACUUCGUAAGGCCCUAUCACCUAUAUGGAAAGGUCCAUAUAAAAUUAUAAAAGUCCAUAAUAAGCACAACGUUACUUUACAAGUAGGUCGUAAACAUGUUAAGUAUCAUAUAAACGAGAUUAAGCCUGCUAUUAACACUCCUUAA